AUGAAAUUUCAGUCGUUUAGUGUACUGGGAACCGUGGUGCCCGAGCCGUGCCCCGCGGGGCUACUUGGAAACACCACGGGCUUGACAACAAAGGCAUGUGCCCCGGUGUGCACGCUAUCGUACUGCCCACUGCCACGCUGUCCUGCGGGCUAUUACUGCCCGCUUGGCGCACCGACCCCUAUUCCGUGUGGUGGCCCCACCGUCUUUUGCCCCGUCGGCUCGUCGGUGCCAACGCUUGUCACGACUGGCUACUACACGAUCGCUACUCGGACGCUCAACCCUAGCGGUACGGGCAUGACAACAGGGCUCGUCACGCGCGUGGCCGAAGUGCCGUGUGAAGUUGGGACGUUCUGCGAGAAUGGCUGCAAGAAACCUUGUCCUGCAGGAACCUAUGGAAUGGCGCACGGCUUGUCGUCUGCUGCGUGCACGGGAAACUGCCCGGCAGGUUACUUUUGUCCUCUGGGCUCGGCGACGUACCUCGACACGGCGUGCGUCGAUCCGUCGGUCUACUGUCCCGGAAGCAACGCCACACCGACGCCAGUGACCCAAGGGUUCCUUACCACGCUCGGGUUUGACGGCCGUCUUCGCGUCGGCCAAACAGUCUGCCCGCUUGGCACCUACUGCGUCCGUGGCGUGCGACAUCUUUGCCCUUGGGGCAGUUAUGGAGCUACGACGGGGCUCUCGACAAUGGCGUGCUCGGGGGCGUGCGCCCCCGGCUCGACCUGUCCCGCCGGCGCGACGUCGGCACAACAAGCACUCUGCCCCGCAGGCACGUAUGCAAUCAACGGCAAACAAUGCGUACCGUGCCGACCUGGGUUUUGGUGCUCGAGUGGGUCACCGUCCCCGACGCAAAACGCGUGUGGCAGCAGUAGCGCCUACUGCCCGCUGGGCGCGAGCGCGCCGCUUACAGUUCAAGCCGGCUACUAUGCCUACAGCCCCAACGCUCUCUCGGGCGCCAACAUGGACUUUACGGGCCAAGUCCUUUGCAAUCUCCAAGACACUGUGCUCUUCCCGCAGUGUCCGUCGAUUACUACUGGCUUCAAUAGCCAGGUGUAAGAUUGGA